CUGCUUUAUUGUCGCCCCGUCGCUGAUGUCUAUUUCUUUGUCAUUCAAUCUGUAAUUACACUAAACCGUUGGACGAUCUCUCGCGAAAUCCGCCAAGCUGUUUUCCCGACUUCUCAGCCUUGCUUCUUUCGGAACAAUGCCCCCGCCGGUUCCUGACAUUUCCGAUGACGAGUCGUCGAGUGGCGAGUCGAUUCCCUAUGACGAUGCUCGAUCAAAAAAGAAGGCGUCUAAGGAUGACGAUGAAGACGAGGACGAGGAUGAGGAAGAAGAGGAUGUAUACAUUGUUGAGAAGAUUGUGAAUCAUGAAUGGGCCAAAAAUGGCGACCUCCUUCUUCAAGUCAAGUGGCAGGGCUACGAUGACCCCGCUGACUUGACACUGGAGCCAGAAGAGAAUCUACUAGAAGGCGCGAAGGAAAUAGUCGAGGAAUACUUUCGAAUUUUGGGAGGUCGUCCUGAAAAGCCACAACCGCAAACGAAAAAGCGCAAGUCGAUAGGGAGACCUCCAAAGUCCGCGCCCGAGAAAACCCCCGAGCCCAAGAGACGCCGCAAGUCGCGGGCUGAAACAGCAACAGAGUCACCCGAAAAAGAAAAAGAGAAGGCCGAUGAAGGUGAAAGCGACGACACAUCUACGUGGGUUCCUUCGUCUCGCAACUGGGAGAAGGAGGUCGAUACGGUGGGAACAAUCAUACGACAACCUGGAACGUCGAAUCUGCUUGCGUUUAUUAGCUGGAAGAAUGGUAAAAAGUCAAAGGUCAACAUAGAGAUGUGCUACGACAAGUGCCCGAAGAAGAUGCUCCAAUUCUAUGAAUCACAUCUGGUCUUUAAGGAGGGCUAAACCUCUAUUCGUUAAAGUUCGGGUUCUUUAUUAAUCAUCGUCUAAUUUACGACAGGCGCAAUUGCAGAUUAGUGUUGAAGGAGCAAGCAUAUAGGGCGUUUUUGAAGUUUCACAUACUGGUUCCAGAUAACCUAAGUGUAAGACAAUGGCCUGGGCUAGUCUCGACAUGGACUUUUCUUAGAGUCCUCCUGUUUGAAGGGAACCAACACCGGAAUAUAACGGGAAUGCGCCAGCUGCUCCAGGUCUUCGCGAACUCAUUCGCACCAUUUCUCUUUGGAUAUCAAUUGUUUCCCGGAUUUUUAUCUUUGUGUCUCUAUUUAGCGUCUUAAGAUCCAUGUACAUUAUCAUUAGUUCGCGGUUCUGGAACAUUGAAAUUGCGGCAGUCCUAUUCAAAGGGUAUCUAAAAGACCGGCCUCUCUGACCAUGCUGAGGUACUC